GUCCAGGCAGGGCGCCUGAGGGUCCUGGAGGGCGAGCCGCGGUCCCGCCUGUGCCUCGCCAUCGCUGCAGCAAACCGAGAAAUCAGCGAAAAACAAAACUAAACUAAAACAAACAACUGGAGGAGUCAUUGCAACAGCCCAGCCCCGCUGCCAGUGGAGCUGCAAAGAGAAAAGCAAAGCGCAGAUAUUAUCAAAGCCCUUGCAACUGCGAGCCAUCGAUACAGCCAUCGAUACAGCGAUCGAUACAGCGAUCGAUCAGUAUACAAUUGCAACCUAUUGACAGUUAGGUGAAGUUCAUGUCCAGUCAUGUCUGGAUCGCUCUCAGCAGACUGUCCCAGGAGGAGGAAAGCCUGGAGGAAGGAUCACCCGUUUGGCUACGUUGCUGUUCCCACGAAAAACACAGACGGGACUCUGAACCUGAUGAACUGGGAAUGCGCCAUUCCAGGAAAGAAAGGGACUCUAUGGGAAGGCGGGCUCUAUAAACUCAGGAUGUUGUUUAAAGAUGACUAUCCCUCCUCACCACCAAAGUGUAAGUUUGAGCCCCCGAUAUUCCACCCCAAUGUGUAUCCGUCCGGAACGGUGUGUCUCUCAAUCCUGGAGGAGGACAAGGACUGGAGGCCAGCGAUCACCAUCAAACAGAUUCUUCUAGGAAUUCAAGAGCUUUUAAAUGAGCCGAAUAUCCAGGAUCCAGCUCAGGCAGAAGCCUAUACAAUCUACUGGUGAGUUCCACAGAACCUA